AUGGCGGGACCAGAUCAGGACUCAUCCGCUGAUGCCGCCGCUGGAAAUCUCGCCAACUUGCACCUCGACGAAGUCACUGGCGAAAGGGUAUCCAAGUCAGAAUUGAAGAAGAGACAAAAGCUGCGGGCUAAGGAGGCGGAAAAGAAGGAAAAGGCCGCUGCUGCACCGCCUAAGGCGGAGAAGAAGGCCAGUGUUGAAGAGGAAGAGAGCAAUCUAACCCCUAAUCAAUAUUUCGAGAUCCGAAGUGGACGAGUGAACAAGCUCCGACAAACCAAGAGCCCCAAUCCUUACCCGCACAAGUUCCAGGUUACGGACGAUGCGCGGGAGAUUAUCAAGAAGUACGAGUCGCUUCAGAAGGGAGAUCAGAUCAAAGAGAAGGAAGUGCGCAUUGCGGGACGGAUUUACACCAAGCGGUCGGCUGGUGCCAAGUUGAUAUUCUACGAUGUUCGCGCGGAAGGCGUAAAGAUUCAAGUUGCUUGCCAGGCGCAAAAUGCGGAAGGCGAUGUUUCCUUCGAAGCCCAGCAUGAGCAUCUGAGAAGAGGAGAUAUCAUUGGUGUCGUUGGGUGGCCCGGCCGCACUGCUCCAAAGAACCGUGCAGAUGGAGAACUGUCAAUAUUUGCCAAGGAGGUCAUUUUGCUUGCACCGUGUCUGCACCAGAUUCCUUCAGAGCAUUAUGGGCUUCGCGAUCAAGAACAGCGAUAUAGACAACGGUAUCUCGACUUGAUUAUGAACGACAAGUCGCGAAAUGUCUUCAUCACCCGGUCGAAGAUGAUUACCUACAUCCGUCGCUUUUUCGAUGAGCGUGACUUCGUCGAGGUGGAAACUCCAAUGAUGAACAGUAUUGCAGGUGGUGCUACUGCCAAGCCAUUCAUUACCCACCACAACGAUCUAAACAUGGACAUGUUCAUGCGAGUCGCACCAGAGCUUUAUCUCAAGAUGUUGAUCGUUGGUGGCUUAGAGCGAGUCUACGAGCUGGGUCGUCAGUUCCGAAACGAAGGAAUCGACCUGACGCAUAACCCGGAGUUUACAACCUGCGAAUUCUAUUGGGCGUAUGCUGACGUUUACGAUGUCAUGAACGUGACUGAGGAGCUGGUUUCUGGACUCGUCAAACACAUCACUGGUGGCUACGAGACGACCUUCCACACCCAGACAGGAGAGGAGUACAAGGUCAACUGGAAGGCUCCGUGGAAGCGAAUCGAGAUGAUCCCCGCCCUUGAGGAAGCAACAGGCGAGAAGUUCCCGCCUGGCGACCAGCUGCAUACCCCGGAAACAAACGAGUUCCUCAAGAAGCUCCUCAUGAAGGUGAAUGUCCAGUGCAGCCCUCCAGAGACCAACGCGCGCAUGCUGGAUAAGCUUGUCGGGGAGUUCAUCGAAGAGACCUGCAUCAACCCCACCUUCAUCACGGGGCAUCCGCAGAUGAUGUCACCGCUCGCCAAGUACCAUCGUAACAACGUCGGGUUAUGUGAGCGCUUCGAAGCCUUCGUGUGCAAGAAGGAGAUUGUCAACGCAUACACCGAGUUGAACGACCCCUUCGACCAGCGACUGCGGUUCGAAGAACAGGCUUCGCAGAAGGCACAGGGCGACGACGAAGCGCAGAUGAUUGACGAGAACUUCUGUACCAGUUUGGAAUACGGUCUCCCGCCGACUGGAGGCUGGGGAAUGGGUAUUGAUCGACUUGUCAUGUUCCUGACUGAUAAUUAUAGUAUUAAGGAGGUGCUUGCGUUCCCAUUCAUGAAGGAGGAUAAGAGUGCGGCUGCGAAGGAGGAGAAGUUGGCAGCCGAGGUUGUGGGUAUUAAACCUCUCCCUGUGGAGGGAAUUCGUGAGUUCUCCUACAAAACCCAUUCUCACCCGGUGCUGUGCCAUCAAUAUUUUUCUGGAUUUUCUUGUAUAGGCGUCGGUUAA